AUGCUACAACAUAUAGGCCAUUUUCUUUCAAGGAAAGGAAGUAGUCAUAAAGUUUCAACUUCAAAUCAAAAUAAUCAAGAUAAUUCAAAUAUAACAAAACCACAUAGAAGUCAAAGUCAUAGUUCAAUUGAUGAUCAUUCAAAAUUAGUUAAUGCAAAAUUAUUAAGAUCUUCUUCUUCUUCAAAAGUAAUUGAUCCAAAAUCUGAAAAUGGAGAAAAACUACAUGGAUCACCUAAAAUUAAGGAUUCAACUGUCAAUCAAAAAGACCUAAUUGACGAAUCAACAAAUAAUUUUGAGAAUUUAAACGUUAAUAAUGAUAGCGAGUCAUUUAAAUUGAAUCUAAAUAAUAAUAAUGUCAAUAAUAUUGAUAAUCAGAACGCACCAAAUAUCCAACAUUUCAAUCAACCAAAUACCGUUUCAGAUAAUAACGUACCUGAUUUUGAUCAAGAACGAACCGAUAUGAACAACAUUACUCAAACCCCAGCUCAUUCAACAAAUAGUUUACCUACACUACAAGAAAAUCAAGUACAAGAUAAUUUUAGUGAUCAACGUCCACCAAAUGCAGUAGAUGAGGAAAAUAAUUUUCAAGUAACAAAUUCAAAUCAACAACAACAACAACUACAACAAGCAGAGCAAACUCAUUCUGAAGAAGUACAAAAUUCUGAGGAAUUCACAAUUACUGAUCAAAUUCCAAACGAAGAUGAACAAAAAGAAUCAUUACAAGACGAAUCAACAGAUGAUUCAGAUGAUACGUGCUCAAUAGAUAUAAGUGCCCUACCAGAGAUAGGAACAGAAUACGUGACAACAUCAUCCAAGCCAAUAUAUGAAGGAGCAAAUGGAAUAAUUUACAAAGGAUCAAAUGUUGAACAUUCGAAAACAUUAGUAUUAAAAAGAAUUAAACAUAACUUAACAGAAAGUCAUCAACAAUAUGUUUCAUCAGUCAAAAGAGAAUAUAAAAAUAUGAAAACUUCAUCCCCCAAUAAAAAUAUAAUUGAAAUUAUAGAUUUAGCUAAAUAUUCAGAUUCCAAAGAAUUUGUAUUAGUACUUCCAUAUUUCCCACAAGGUGAUUUAUUAGAUUUUUUAUCCAAACUAAGAAGACAUCAAAUCUCAUUAAAUUCCAACCUCAAGGAUUCAAUUUUUAAACAAAUUUUAAAAGGUGUUCAUUUUUUACAUUCCAAAAAUAUAGUUCAUAGAGAUUUAAAACCUGAAAAUUUCUUAAUUGAUUUGAAUGGAGUUGUUAAAAUUAGUGAUUUCGGAUAUAGUUUAAAUUUAAAUCAUCAAACUAAAUUAUUUAAAAUUUUUAAACAUGAUCCCCAUUUUUUAACUGUUGGUACAAAUAGUUUUAAAUCUCCUGAAAUAUUUGAUUUAGAAACAAGUCAAAAUGAUGGGAAAUUUUCAUUAAAUCAAUUUAAAUUACAAUCUAAAAAUUUCAGCACCCUUAAAAAAUUUGAUAUUUGGGCAUUAGGUAUUAUAUAUUUUGUCAUUUAUUUAAUGAAAAAUCCAUGGCCAACAGCAAACCCAAAUGAUCCAAAAAAUAUUAAUUUUCAAAAAUACCUCAAAAUAUACCCUAAAUCCUCCAAAGAAAAUGAUGAAUCAAUAUUCAAUAAAAAUCUCAAGAAUCUAAUUAAUGACCUAAACAAUAAAACAAUCAAAUUAAAUAAUUCAUCAAUAGAAUUAUUUAAAGAUUUACAUUAUGAUUCUCGUUCAAUUUUAUUACGUAUAUUAAAUCCAAAUAUAGAUUCAAGAAUUGAUAUAGAUGAAAUUCUACAAAGUAAAUGGAUAUCUGAAGUUUAUGCUAAUCCUAAAGAAUUAAUUGAUUUAAUUGUACAUAAAGAGAGAAAAGUUUCAAAUGGUUCUAGUGGUGGUGGAAAUUCAAAUAGUAAUAGUUCAACUAAUAUUUGUAGCUGUGGCAGUACAAAAAACUUGAAUUAA